CCGCGACUGGUCCAGGAGGUGCAUCUCCCUUCAAGAAACUUGGCUGGGAUACGUGUGCGUGUGUGUGUGUGUGUCUAGUUGUGGCGUCCAAACCACGGGAGCAUGCCGGUCAGCCGUCCGAAGAGUGACGGGCCCUCGCUACACACACAUACAUACACAAUGAAGACACAACGUGUGAAUGGGUGUCUAAGGUGUGUGGUGUGUGUGUGUUGUCCAUUCACCCGCUGUGCAUCUCCUGGUCAUCUUCGGGUGACCCCGACUCCGUGCCCGACGCACCUGCAGCGGCAGCCGCAGCAGCCCCACUACCGCUAGACGCAGCAGCGGCAGCCGCAGCAGGGGAAGCAGACGCAGGGGACGACGGCGCACCCGCCCUGAGCCACAUCACACACACACCAAGACACACACAUGCCAUAGUUGACCGCGAUGGCUCGAUCGUCACGCAUUCAGUGUUCGUGCUCACCUAUCGCCCUCCUCCCCCUCCCAGCCCUCCAUGCCCUCAUCCAGGCGGCGGCCCGCCAUGUUCGCCGGAGCAGAGGCAGCUGCCGCAGCAGAGGCAGCAGCGGCUGCCAUGGGCUUCUUGGGCGACUUCUUGCUGCUGUGGCUGCUGUGGUGGUGGUGCUUGGGGGGUGAGGGAGGGAAGAGGGGGACGGGGGGAGGCGCCAUUAUCUUGUCCGUGUCCAUGUCAAUGCCCAGAUCCAUCGACAGCGAUGAGUUGGGCUUGCGGGAACGCUUCGAACGACGGACGAAACGGCCAUCUGAGGGGAGAUGGACAGACACAGAACACAGAGCAUUCGGCUUUGGUAUGCAGUGUGUUGUGUGUGGUGGGGAGAUCGGUCAUGAUUGUUAACUGACCCUCUCCGUCUUGCGACACGAAGGCGCUGCCCAGUUGCUCCAGGUCCAGCUCACCCGCCCGCUUCCUGCCCUGCCUGUGGCGGGCCAACAACCUGACGCACAAACACAUGGAUGGACAUACGGAUGACACACGCCAAUUAGGCAACACAGCAAACGUGUGUGUGGGGGGGGGUCACUUGUUCCGCUCGCGGACGUCCUUGCGGCUCUCAUCCACACGCUCGGCGCGCAUGCCCCCUGACAGAUGGACGACACACACUACGAUGGAUGCAUGAAACAAACAGAAACCCACCGCUCUCCUUCCCCCCUCUCACCGUCAGGCGAUGGGCACAAGGGUGUGAUGCGGCGCGACGACGAGGGGCUCCAGGACGACAUCUGACCGUCAUCCUCCCUCUCACCGCCACCGCCACCGCGUCCGCAGGCCAUGCCCUGGGUGUGAUCCUGGGGGUCUCGUCGCUUGAGGUUCCCUGAUGGCGGGAGGAAUGCGCUGAUGCCGUACAGGCCGUACGAUGGGGGGGCGGGCACCUUCAACUCUAGCUGCAACCAGACAACGCACACACACACACACACACAGGGGCAGCGGUGAGGUGCACGAACAGAGGGAUGGCUGUGUGUGCGUGUGACCUCAGCGCCGGUGGGGUUAAUGCCGCAAAUCGCACACAACUGAUCGUACCUGGUAUGCACACAACAAGUUGGUUGGAAGCACCAUCUUCAGACCUCCUGGAUGCGUGUACACGUGCGUGUGUGCGCUCGUUUGCUCAGCUCACUCGUGGAAGAAGCCCUCGAGGUCCCGCAAAGUGGGCAGAUGGUGGCGCGUCGACGGGCCAAAGUACUCCUGUUCUCAACAAGGUGCCAACAACACAACACAACACAACACGUCAUGUGCCGCCGUCCCUCCCCUCUACACACAGUGUCCAAUUCCCACACACACACCCACCUGCACUUUCUCCGCCGUCAGCGACACGAUGCCCUGCUUGUCCAAAUUAGGACCGCACUCCACACCAUUAAGGAAGCGCUGCUUCACCACCUGCAGACACGACAACGACGCUUCAUGUCUGCCUGCGUCUCUCUCUCUCUCUCUCUCUCUCUCUGUGAGGCUGUGGUGUGGCAUACCUACCAAAAACCUGCCCCAGUAGAAGUUGUCGGUGAGUAGCAUCGAGAACUUCUCGCUCGACAAGAGCCGCUGGAAGAUUUCGAAGACCUCCCCCUGUGUGCGAUGCGAGAGCCGUCCCUUCCCGGAGCUGUGCGACAUGACCGACUGCACGAACUGCCUCGACUCCUCGACGUACUGUUGAGGAGAGAGGCCGCUCUGCUGAUUGCCAUUGGUGGGUGGGGGGAAGGCCGCAGAGGAAGAGCUGCUGGCCAUUGCUAUGCCUGUUCUUGAGCUGAAACAACCAAAAUAGACUCAGAGGGAAAGAUGGGAGGUGG